GUGGGCAACUAUGGCGCAGCUACGUAGCGGCCUAAUCGACUGCUGCAAGACCGCCUAGGUAUCGACACUCCUAGUCAGGGGAAGGCGGGUUGGAAUUGUAUUGAGGCAAUGCCAAACCUUCCAAAUUCCUUUUCUAUUCUCUCCCUUGGUAGUCCCAAGUAAUCUAUAAAAUGUUCGAGUCCCUACCUCGAAUCAUCGUUGUUAUCAUCGUUCUCCAACGCAGGAUCAGUAUCCAGUUCGAAAGUCGACCGCCCAAGCAGCCUAGCGUCUCGUUGAGCUUCUCGUCUGUACUUUAAGCCCUUCCUCAUUCUUGAAUCUCGGCCGCAAACGCCUCUUGCAGUCGCCAUGCCGAAGGAAUCUUCAAGCGCCAAAGUGGUUACCAUCUGGUUCUGCUGCAACUGUGGCGAGGGCCCCCAGAACCUCAGAUUGGUGGCUCACUGCCCCAGCUGCGGUCUACACGUGUGCCAAAGCUGCACCAUCACCAAAGAGAAGAGGUCGACUCGCCGCUGAAACCUUCGUUCUCGGUCAUCACAGAAGCAGACCUUUUCUGGAUGACAAAUAUCGCCUCGGGUCAUGCAAUUUGAAACGGCAUAGCCUCUCUGGCUUGGUUUGCCUCGCGACAUCCCAAGGCUAUUUUCUAUGUCCGGAGUGGCCAUCUGCAAUUUGGUUUUUCAGAGGAAAGGGAAAUGAGCAAUAUGGCUUGGAUUUUGAUUUUUGGGUAUUGAUUUGACUUCACAACAAUUCUGGUUAUGCAUUGAUGCGGAGGCCGGACCUCGACAUUUCGUUUUUGGGAUCAUGGAGCUAUAGAGGGACUAGCUAGAGUAGAUGGUACCAGCGCGAGCUCAGGCAUCUCGGCGGUGAGGGAGUUGUGCUUAGGAUCAAGAAUCUACAACUAUACAUUGGGCAUAUAUCUCUUGACC